GUGAUAUUCGCCCACUCUGCAAACCAAUCUGUCGCGCUGUACAUCCCUUCCAGAACAUCUUGGUGCUCACGGCGAAUGUGUGCAUUGCGACGAGUGGCCUUUGACAUUUAAAAAUAAAACAGCAUGAUAUCAUCAUGCCUAUGGAGGCUUUUGGUUCUUGCAGCUAUUCUUCAAUAUAUACAUCGGUCAGAAGCCAAUGGUGAGGAAAGCACUAACAGCGAUCAGGAGCCAUCGAGUGGCUCGACUGGUCAGCCAAGUGUACAGCCAGAAGACACUUUACCUUUGUUUCUGACGCCUUACAUUGAGCGGUGUGACUAUGACACUGCGAAAACCAAAAGCAAAGUAGAAUUUUUUCAAUAUAUGGCGAACGUAUCAGCGUAUUCUGGUUUGAUCACAGUGAAUAAGACGUAUAACAGCAGCCUGUUCUUCCUCUUCCUAGUCGCAGAGGGGAACUCGAGUACCGCACCUAUUCUGCUGUGGACCCAAGGUGGCCCGGGCUUGUCAUCCCUGUUUGGUCAGUUUCUGGAAAAUGGUCCUAUCGCUUUUGAUGGAAAACCAAAUGUCUCAAUAAGGACGAAUACGCUACAAAAGAACAUGAGCAUCAUAUAUCUCGACGUGCCAAUCGGCAGCGGUUUCAGCUUCACAGAUGUCCCGGACGGUUACUCGACAAGCUUGGAAGACAUUACCAGGGAUGUCAUGGAAUUCUUGAAGCAAUUUUUUGAUCUUUUUUACGAGUAUCAAAAUCGGGACUUCUACCUCGCUGGAGAAUCUUAUGGAGGUUUGUACCACGAUCUUUUUUUUUUCGCAUUGUUGAAUGACUCAGUGGUUCAUUGGGUUUGACGCGCCAAAGCAACACUGGAGCAACCAGGCGAC